AUGUCAGAGGGGAAUAAAAGCAGAGUAACUGAAUUCAUACUUACUGGAUUUCCUGGACUCCAUCCACAAUAUUACGGUCUCGCUUCUGCUGUAUUAUUCUUAGUCUAUGUGGUAACUGUGAAAGCAAAUGCUGCAGUUUUUUUCUUAUUUGCAACCAACAAGAGUCUUCACAAACCAGUGUACUACAUCAUUUUAAAUGUGUCUGCCUGUGACCUUCUCUUUAGCACAACAACGUUACCUAAAAUCAUCAGUAGAUACUGGUUUCAAUCAGGGAGCAUUUCUUUUACUGCUUGUUUUGUCCAGAUGUACCUUGUUCACUAUUUGGGUUCAGUAAAUUCUUUCAUAUUUUCACUGAUGGCUUUUGAUAGGUACUGUGCUGUUUGCCAUCCACUCCAAUAUACAGCUAUUGUUACAAAAUUCACAGUCCAUAUCCUCAGUGUGACUGCAUGGAUUAUUGCUAUUGCAUCCCCUUUAAUGAUGGUGAUUAGAGCAUAUCCUCUUCCUUACUGUGCAUCAAACAUAAUCAAUCACUGUUACUGUGAUCAUAUUGGAGUAACAGUUCUGGCCUGCACAGACAGAGCCCCUUAUUCUUUUCCUGCUUUUGUGGGUGCAAUGAUUACACUGUUAGGACCUCUGGCCUUUAUACUUUUCUCAUACUGCUCAAUAUUUAUAGAAAUAAGUAAGGUAACAAAUUUGGGAAACUGUGGAAAGUCUCUGUCAACAUGUAGUACUCAACUGAUAAUAAUCUCACUUUAUUAUGUACCUCGAUGUUUUGUGUAUUUUGCUGGUCAAGUGGGGAUUCAGUUUAGUGCUGAUCUACGAAUAGUAAUCAUAAUGCUUUAUAGCCUUGUCCCUCCAAUGAUAAACCCACUUAUAUAUUGCCUAAGAGCUAAAGACAUCAGAAAGUGUUUGAUGAAACAGUUUAACAUAGAAAAGUUCAGGUUUUAG